GUUGUGUGUAAGGCAUUUCCCCAUCACUGGAUUGCGUAACAUCUGCCCACAGCUCCUUAUAAAGGUCACUGCACCCUCCAGCCACCAGCUCUGUUUGGCUCCCGGUGACCCGUCUCGGCAUGGCGCUGCCCUGGGCCCUCGCCGUCUUGAGCCUCCUUCCUCUGCUGGACGCCCGGAGCCCAGUGUGUGCCAACUUCACAGCGGCGCCUCUCACCAAUUCCACCCUGGACCGGCUCUCUGGCAAGUGGUUCUAUAUCGCAGGAGCCUCCCGCAACCCUGAGUUCAAGGAGGCAGCUAAGACCUUCCAGGCGGCCUUCUUUUACUUUGCCCUCAACCACACGGAGGACACAAUAGAGCUCCGACAGUACUUGACCGUUGGGAACCACUGUGUCUAUGAAUCCAGCAUCUUGAACGUCCACCGGGAGAAUAAGACCAUAUCCAAACGUGAAAAGGACAAGGAACGUGUUGUCAGCAUGAUCUUGACCACGGACCCCAAGAUCUACAUGCUGGCCCAAGACCCGGACGAUGAGCAGAAUAAUCCCAGCCUUCCCCGGCCGCCCACACAGGCCUCCCAGCAUCCUCACCCAGCCCCCUUGCUCACUCCUGCAGCUGACAAGCCGGAGGUGACCUCAGAGCAACUGAAGGUGUUGCAUGAAGCCAUUGAGUGCAAGGGCCUGGAUAAGUCGGAAAUCAUCUACGCUGAUGUGAAAAAGGAUCAGUGUGGGCCGCUGGAGAAGCAGCACGAGGAGGAAAGGAAGAAGACAAAUGAGGAGCCCCAGGAGGACGCGGAACAGGGUUAGGACCGU